UCUUACUUUUACCCAAUUGGUGAAACUAAGAAGAGCUUGGAGUGGUGCAACAAUUGUGGGCUCCUCUAUGAUUAUCAGAAAUCACUGGGAACAGUGACCUGAAAGGAAUCUCAGUUGUUCUUAUGAGGGCUCCUUCGAACUGCCCAACUUGUCUGUCAAAUCCAAGAAAAUCAACGCAACCUGUAUGUAUCUGUACAUGAUGAUGAUGGAAGAGGGGCGUCAAAGAAUCAGAUGCAGUAGCAGCAGCAAGGAAGCAAUUGUGUUCAUUCCUUUAGAAGCCAAGCUGUCAGUGAAUUGGUGGGGAAUGCAAUGCAACUGGACACGACGGGUCGCUCGCUGGAGGGGGUACCGUAUGGGCAUGCUGCCACUUUGUUUUCUUGCUUAGGAUAAGAAAGUGGGAAAGCUAAACAACAGAAACAAAAAAAUCUAGAAGCACAAAACAUGUGGCUGCAAUUCGCCUUCUCAAAUUUUUUUGGAACCACCUUAUAGCUGUGUAUGUAUGUAAAUCAAGGUUUGAUUCACUCAAAAGAGCGUGUGAAUAAAUGCAAACCAAAGGUGCACACCACCUGUUCGACGAAAUUUCUCUGAGAAAGUUGCAGCAGUAUUGGAGUAGCUCAAAUUGGUUGGGUGAUGUCAGGGGGCAGUUGUAGUGUAGUAUGGUUUAGGAGGGAUCUGAGAGUCGAAGACAAUCCAGCAUUAGUUGCUGGGGUGAGGGGCGGCGCCGUGGUGGCGCUCUUUAUAUGGUCUCCGGAGGAGGAGGGGGCGUAUUAUCCCGGGAGGGUUUCGAGAUGGUGGCUUAAACAAAGUUUAGCCCAUCUCGAUGUUUCUCUGAGGAGUCUUGGCACUUCUCUUGUCACUAAGAGAUCCACAGACAGUGUUUUGUCUCUCCUCGAAGUCAUCGGCGCCACCGGAGCUACUCACCUCUAUUUCAACCAUUUAUACGACCCGAUAUCUUUGGUUAGAGAUCACCGCGUAAAGGAAGUCUUGACGGCUAGGGGAGUGGUUGUGAAAUCAUUUAACGCGGAUUUGCUUUACGAGCCGUGGGAGGUUCACGACCAGGAAGGUCAACCGUUCACGACCUUUGAUGGAUUCUGGAAGCAAUGCCUUAGCAUGCCGUAUGACCCCGAGGCUCCUCAGCUCCCUCCGAAAAGAAUCGUUUCGGGCGAUGUUUCACAAUGCGCGUCUGACGCUUUGGUUUUCGAAGAUGAAUCGGAGAAAGGCAGCAAUGCACUUCUGGGUCGCGCAUGGUCGCCGGGGUGGAGCAACGCCGACAAGGCUCUAACGACUUUCUUAAACGGGGCGCUUAUAGAAUACUCUGUCAACCGUCGAAAGGCUGACAGCGCUACGACGUCGUUCCUUUCUCCGCACUUACAUUUCGGCGAACUCAGCGUUCGGAAAGUGUUUCAUCUGAUUCGGAUCAAGCAAGUUCUCUGGGCGAACGAAGGGAACGUAGCCGGCGAGGAAAGCGUCAACUUGUUCCUCGAGAGCAUCGGCCUCCGGGAGUAUUCGAGAUACCUAUGUUUCAACCAUCCGUACAGCCAUGAACGGCCGUUGCUCGGGCACCUCAAGUAUUUCCCGUGGAGCUUAGACGAGGGAUGCUUUAAGGCGUGGAGACAAGGUCGAACCGGGUACCCAUUGGUCGACGCCGGAAUGCGGGAGCUCUGGGCGACGGGAUGGCUACACGAUCGGAUACGCGUCGUGGUCUCGAGUUUCUUUGUGAAGGUUCUCCAGCUGCCAUGGAGAUGGGGGAUGAAGUAUUUCUGGGAUACACUGCUCGACGCCGAUCUAGAGAGCGACGCUCUUGGUUGGCAAUACAUUUCCGGAUGUCUUCCUGACGGUCGCGACAUCGAGCGAAUCGAUAAUCCUCAGUUCGAAGGCUACAAGUUCGAUCCCAACGGCGAGUAUGUCCGAAGAUGGCUUCCUGAGCUCGCGAGAUUGCCGACCGAAUGGAUACACCACCCGUGGAAUGCGCCGGAAUCUGUUCUGCAAGCCGCCGGAAUCGAGCUUGGGUCGAACUACCCGCUGCCCGUUAUCGAAAUCGACGCUGCGAAAGCCAAGCUGCAACAAGCGCUGUCGCUGAUGUGGGAGCAGAAGGCGGCUUCACAAGCUGCUAUCGAGAACGGAAUGGAAGAGGGGCUCGGGGAUUCGUCUGAAUCCAACCCGAUCGCAUUCCCUGCCCCGACGCAAAUGGAAAUGGACGACGCACCUGCAAGAAUCAACCCGACGAACACAGCAACAAACAGACGGUAUGAAGAUCAGAUGGUGCCGAGCCUGACUACUUCUUUCGUUAGGGUUGACGAUGAGACAUCUAUCGAUCUUAGAUAUUCUUCGGCCAGCAGAGGUGAAGUUCCAUCAAAUGCCAGUGUUACUGAGGAGCGGAGAAGAGAACCAGCGGAGAACCGCGCUGUGCAGACUACGAGAACCAACGAGGCGUAUCCGGAGUUCAACGUUGCAAGAGCCCGUAGAAAUUCCGAGGAAUCCACAGCAGAAUCUUCCAGUGGGAGCAGAAGGGAUGGCGGCGUCGUUCCUGUGUGGUCUCCUGCAAACUCGAGUUAUUCUGAUCAAUUUGGUGGCGACGAAAAUGGGAUUGGAGCUGGUUCGUCUUACUUGCAGAGGCAUCCGCAGUCUCACCAGAUACCAAACUGGAGGCGCCUUUCUCAAACCGGGUGAUUGUCGCCAGGUAAGACAUCUGCCAUAAUCUGUGGCGCGAUGACUCUGCAAGCAACUUGAACUAGCGAUGACUCUGCAAGCAACUUGAACUAGUUCAGACGGCCUAUUCUUGACCUUUUGUAUGUCUAUAUGUUCUCCUGUUGUCUAAUACCGGUGUCUCUUGUACAGUAUGUAUAUUAUUCUCACUACCAACACUAGAAUAUAUAUAUGUGCGUGUGUGUCUAGACAUAAACAAACGUAUGUGUCUAAGAUGAUAUUCUAAUGACGACAGAGGGGAGGUAUUAUCGAUCUUUUCACUAUGCAAAAUA